GUUUCCCCCUCUUACGGCAUCUUCUCAGCACUUACGCUUGCCUGAACCAUUGAAUAUCGACAUCGUCAGACAUAAAUACUGUACCUGCUCAUCUCACCAUGCCUCCAACUACCAGCAGCCCUUGGAUCAGGACUGUGGCAGCUCGGCGGAUACUCAUCCGGCCAAACUCACGUCACUUCCCUCGUCGAUAUGCCUCGGAAGCCGACAAAACGAUCAAAUCGACACAAGAUAGCGUGGACAAGCGCCUAGCCCAACAAAACCGGCACAACAUUGACCGCCAGUCCGAUGAGGUUUCCAAGUCCGGCACAGACGACGCAGUCGCCGCACAAUCACUGUCAGCCGACAAAGAGACAACCGACCCGGAAGAACUCCGAGCAGAGUCCGGAAAGAGGAAUCUCUACAACAACCCUCUCGAAGCGAGUCCGGCCAAUCGGUCCAUAAGCGAGGGUACGGUGGAAGUGAAAGGAGGCGUUGCCACGAAGCCAGUUACCAAGGAGAAGGCCACGUACGGCAAUGACGCGAGGACGAAGAGCGCCGACGCCGGAUUCGAGAAGAAGGCUUUUGCGGGAUCAACCAAGGAGGCGAAGGAGAGAAAAUUGCCGCCUAUGAUAAACUCGGGAUCGAGGUAGGCAUCUCAUUUCUCGUGUUCCAAGCGCAUCUGCAGAUAUGCUGGCGCUCUAUGGUCGUGUAUGGGCUGCAUGAUGGAAAUGAGGGACGGGGACGGAGGACGAGGGACUGUAGCAUGCUUGACGAGGGCCCAGACCUCAGACUGCGUGCUAACUCAUGCGCGAAGCAGCAUUGUCCGCGGUUGCCAUCAAGUAGGAGUUGUCAUCCAAUGCACUUCGACAGCCAUUACUAAAAUCCC